CUGCUCUUUACCAGGGUGCUCCAGAGAGAGUGCCAGGAACCCACCAGCGCUUCAUGACAGCGAACACACAUGACCCUCCCUCCUCACAACCAAACGUGCUACCUCUUGCUCCUGCCAGCAUCCAGAGCCAGUCCGAAAACUGUCAAAAAGCUCAGCUCCGCCCACGCGAGACGACGCCUGCGCAGUGUGGCUGCGGGGCGGUCGCUGUCCUCGGAACCGCCCAGCUGGACGAGGGCGCUAUGGCGGAGGAGGUGAGCAGCCUGAUGAAGGCCACGGUCCUGAUGCGGCAGCCAGGACGGGUGCAGGAAAUCGUGGGCGCGCUCCGCAGAGGCGGGGGAGACCGGCUACAGGUGAUUUCCGAUUUUGACAUGACCUUGAGCAGGUUUGCUUACAAUGGACAGCGCUGCCCUUCUUCCUACAAUAUCCUGGAUAACAGCAAGAUCAUCAGUGAGGAUUGCCGCAAAGAGCUCGCAGCACUUUUUCACCACUACUAUCCCAUUGAGAUCGACCCACACCGGACCAUCAAAGAGAAGUUGCCUCAUAUGGUGCAAUGGUGGACCAAAGCACACAACUUGCUGUGUCAGCAGAGCAUUCAGAAGUUCCAGAUAGCACAGGUGGUGGGAGAGUCCACUGCGAUGCUCAGGGAGGGGUAUAAGACAUUCUUCGACACGCUCUACCACAACAACAUUCCUCUCUUCAUCUUUUCUGCUGGAAUCGGUGAUAUCCUAGAAGAAAUCAUCCGGCAGAUGAAGGUGUUCCACCCGAACAUCCACAUCGUGUCUAACUACAUGGACUUCAGUGAGGACGGUUUCCUACAAGGAUUCAAGGGCCAGCUCAUCCACACCUACAAUAAGAACAGCUCCGUGUGUGAGAACUCCAGUUACUUCCAGCAGCUUCAGGGGAGAGCCAACAUCCUCCUGCUCGGAGACUCCAUGGGGGACCUCACUAUGGCCGACGGGGUUCCUGGAGUACAGAACAUUCUCAAGAUUGGCUUCCUAAAUGACAAGGUGGAGGAGCGGCGGGAGCGCUACAUGGAUUCCUAUGACAUUGUGCUGGAGAAGGACGAGACACUGGACGUGGUCAACGGGCUGCUGCAGCACAUCCUGUGCCAGGGGGACUGCAUGGAGAUACAGGGCUCCUGAGGAUACAGGCAUGGGCAGGCUGUGACAGGAGGAAGCCUGCCCACCAAGCCUCUCGGUUAUAAGCACAGAAGUUCAGGGCAGCCUAGACCUGUUGGGCCCUUUUUACCCCUGUCUCGUUUUCCUAAUGCCUUGACUUCUUCCGGUUCAAAGGCUUGAGGGAGGCCCUGCUUGUGGGAGGGCAGCAAGCGUGGUUCCAAGUGAACCGUGGUCCACAGCAUGUUAGUAUUCUACAGAUCAUCUAGUCUAUGGAUUCUUUCUAAGAAAGUUUUCAGAGCUGGGGAUACAGAGCUCAGUGGUGAAGCAUCUGCCUAGCACAUGGGGGGAGGGGCAUUAAAACAAAUAAAGUCAAAUGGGAAGUUGUUCAUCAGACAGAUGCAAUGUGUGAAUCUGAUGAAAAUUAAGUUAGCUGCUCUGAUUGGGGGGUGGGGCAACUUGAGCUCUUGAGGCACAGGAAACUCUGUGCUCUGGGGCUCCACCAAACAGUUUGAGAGCCUUUUGAGAACAUAGAACCCAUGUGGUGCAGCUGGAGUGUCUGCUGUUUAGGGAGGGUGGGAGUGUGAUCCUGCCUUGAAUGGGUGCAGCUCUCAAACUUGAAAUUCAGUUGGAUUGAGGGGCUCCUGUCAGAGACACCUUUUUUUUUUGUUGUUUGUUUUUUGGUCUUUUUGAGACAGGGUAUCCCUGUAGCCCCAGCUGUCCUGGAACUCACUAUGUAGACCACGCUGGCCUUGAACU